CGGGGGAGGCGUUUCGCCGAUCGCGGUAAGCCUUCCGGUCUUUUUGGAUUCGCCUUCAUCCCCUGAGACUUGAAAGAACCUAAAAAGACGUGGGAGGCUUGGCUCCCCCAGAUAACACCGUAAGGGCUCUUGGCAACCGGGGUUAGCCGCGAGGGGGCGAAGAGAUGGUUUAAAAGUAACCUGGACGCCCUCCCAUUGUUGCAGAUCCCAAUAGUUUAGCAUCAAAAUUGUUUUUGCAUUCAGUUUCUUUCUCUUCCUCUUUUUUCUCUUUGGUCUCCCGUCCUUAUUGCAUGUCACGUCAUGUCGGAAGAAAAGAAAGAAGACUUUUUGGCUCCCGUGCCAACCCAGAAUGGUGAAAUCCUCGAAGCAUCUCACGAUGCCGUCUUUGGUGAAAUCACCGAGGAUGGUCCUAACUAUCGCGCUGUAGGAUGGAAAGGAACGGCCGUCUUGAUGAUGAAGACCCAAAUCGGUCUGGGAGUCCUGUCUAUCCCUGUCGCCUUUGAUGCUCUUGGCGUUGUCCCUGGUGUCAUCUGUUUGAUUGUCAUUGCCGGUAUCACGACGUGGUCCGACUACAUUAUCGGUACAUUCAAGCUGAGGCACCGAGAAGUCUAUGGCAUUGACGAUGUGGGUGAGCUGCUGAUGGGCCGACCGGGGCGUUAUAUGCUGGGUGCUGCAUUCUGUUUGUGGUGGAUCUUUGUGGCCGGCUCUGGCAUGUUGGGUAUUUCCAUUGGUCUGAACGCAGUCUCCUCGCAUGCGACGUGUACCGCAGUCUACGUUGCCGUCGCUGCCAUCGUCGCCUUUCUAUUUGCGAGUAUCCAAACUCUCGGCCGCAUUUCCUGGCUGGCCUGGGUUGGUCUUUUCUGCAUUUUGACUUCCAUUUUGAUUGUCACCGUCGCCGUCGGAAUUCAAGACCGUCCUUCUGCCGCCCCAACCGAUGCCGUUUGGGUCUCGGACUACAAGAUCGUCGGUAGCUCGUCUUUUAGCGAAGCUAUUUCCGCCGUGUCGACGAUCAUCUUCGCGUAUGCGGGCACCCCUGCCUUCUUCUCCAUUGCCUCCGAGAUGCGCGACCCAACACACUAUAACCGCGCCUUGAUCACCUGCCAGUCCGUCGUGACGUGCUUCUACAUCGCCAUCGGCAUUGUGAUCUACUACUACUGCGGCUCCUAUGUCUCCUCUCCUGCUCUCGGCUCGGCUGGUCCGAUCGUGAAGAAGGUGAGCUACGGCUUCGCGCUGCCCGGUCUGAUCGUGAGCACAUUGCUAUUCGUCCACAUCACUGGAAAAUACAUUUUCGUCCGCAUGCUCUCAGGCUCCCGCCAUCUAACCGCCAACACCGUGAAGCACUGGGUCAUCUGGCUCGGCUGCACCUUCGGUGUAACCCUCGUCGCCUACAUCAUUGCCAGCGCGAUCCCCGUCUUCGGAGACCUCGUCUCUCUGGUCGGUGCCUUGCUCGGCACCCCGAUGUGCUUCCAGCCCAUGGGUGGUAUGUGGCUGUACGAUAACUGGAGCAAGGGCAAGGACCAUCGCACCAUGAGGUGGAACCUGAUGGUGGGUUGGUCGAUUUGCGUGAUCGUGGCUGGAUUCUUCUUGAUGGUCGCCGGCACGUACGGGUCCGUUGUGAGUAUUAUAAACAGUUACAAGGAGUCCGGGGGCUCGGCUGCCUGGUCUUGCGUCGAUAAUUCAUAGAUUAGAUUUAUGAUAUAUUAGACUUAUAUCAGAACUUGAUGUUCUGAAAUGUACGAAUCUUUCUCAUGUGUUGAAU